AUGUUCGACGAAGUUGAUAUGUCACAAUACCCUGAAAAACGGAAAGAAAUUCUCGGACAAAUUCCGAGUGACUACCAAACUGUGGAGUCGCCUAUUAUCUUUCAGAAUUCUGAGGAGAGCUUUGACUUCGUUGGACUUUAUGACGAGUUCUUCAAUGCAAGAGAGCAGGAUAAGACUUAUCAGUUCUUGAAAAUUCCACCGCCAGAGGGAUCCCGAGAGCACAUUCUCUGGAAGAAAGAGAAUGAGCCCGAACCUGAACCAGAAGCGGAAGAGGCUGCUGAAGCUACCGAAGCGGUGGAAGAAACAGAAAUCAACGAAGAAUCACCUGAACCUACUGGCGAUGACUACGAGUUCCCCGGCGAAGCAAAGCCCGAAGAAGAACCCGAAGAAGAAGCAGAAGAAUAA